CGGCAUUGGAUAAAAUACGGACUCACCCAAGUGUUCAGCUCUCUGAGUCGAGGAGUCCCAAGUUCUUCAACACGUAUUCAUUCCACUAGCGUGCGCACCCACCUCGUCCAUGGCGAUCUCUCUGCAAUUCUGCCGUAUCGCAACCCGCUCCGACCUCUCCUGGCCGGAUGUCAAGGUGUUCCACCGGAAGCCUGUCUCCAUCCGCUGCACCGCCGGCGAAUCUCCUUCCCCUUCUUCGUCUGCCACCGUUGAUUCCAAUUUCGACGCCAAGGUGUUUCGGAAGAACUUGACCAGGAGUGACAACUAUAAUCGCCGAGGUUUUGGACAUAAAGAGGAGACUCUUGAGCUCAUGAAUCGCGAGUACACCAGUGACAUCAUAAAAACUUUGAAGGAGAAUGGGAAUGAGUAUACUUGGGGAAAUGUUACAGUAAAACUUGCAGAAUCAUAUGGUUUCUGCUGGGGUGUCGAGCGUGCUGUCCAGAUAGCUUAUGAAGCAAGAAAACAAUUUCCAGAGGAGAAAAUUUGGAUUACAAAUGAAAUUAUUCACAAUCCAACUGUUAAUAAGCGAUUGGAGGAGAUGGAAGUUAAGGAUAUCCCUGUCCAGGAGGGGAAGAAAGAAUUUGACGUAGUUAAGAAGGGUGAUGUUGUGAUAUUGCCUGCUUUUGGAGCUGCAGUGGAAGAGAUGAUGGUUUUGAGUGACAAAAAUGUCCAAAUAGUUGAUACAACUUGCCCGUGGGUGUCUAAGGUUUGGAAUACUGUUGAAAAGCACAAGAAGGGAGAAUAUACUUCAGUCAUUCAUGGCAAAUAUUCUCACGAGGAGACCAUCGCUACUGCCUCUUUUGCCGGAAAAUAUGUCAUUGUGAAGAACAAGGCAGAGGCAACGUAUGUGUGCGAUUACGUUCUUGGGGGUGAACUUGAUGGAUCUAGCUCAACCAAAGAAGCUUUUCUAGAGAAAUUCAAAUUUGCAAUUUCUAAGGGUUUUGAUCCAGACAGUGACUUGGUAAAAGUUGGUAUUGCAAAUCAAACUACGAUGCUCAAGGGAGAAACUGAAGAGAUUGGGAAAUUAUUAGAGAGGACCAUGAUGCGUAAAUAUGGUGUGGAAAAUGUCAAUGAGCACUUCAUAAGUUUUAACACAAUAUGUGAUGCUACUCAAGAGCGUCAAGAUGCCAUGUAUAAGCUGGUGGAAGAUAAACUGGAUCUUAUGUUAGUGGUUGGGGGGUGGAACUCGAGCAACACCUCCCACUUACAAGAGAUUGCAGAGGCCCGUGGAAUUCCAUCAUAUUGGAUCGACAGUGAAAAAAGAAUUGGUCCUGGAAACAGAAUAAGUUAUAAGUUGAAUCAUGGUGAGCUGGUUGAGAAAGAAAACUUUCUACCAGAGGGUCCAAUUACAAUAGGUGUGACCUCUGGUGCCUCUACCCCUGAUAAGGUUGUUGAAGAUGCCCUAGUUAGGGUGUUUGACAUCAAGCGUGAGGAAGCCCUGCAACUGGCAUAAUUUUUAGAUCUGCAUUUUAAGUUUUGAGAGUUGCUGCUUUAUUUCUUCAGCUAUGUCAAUGAAGAAUUAAAAAUCAAUGUCUCUUGUACCACACAAUGUAACAAUACAAAUAUAUAGAUUGUUAUACGUAUAAAGUUCAUGUUUCUGUA